AUGUUCCUCCGUGUAAAUGAAAAUCCUCACUCAGACGACAGCAUUUCCGAUGACGACGAGCUUCAAGCUAAUCGCACCAACAAUGUGCCUGCCCCUAACAAGCAAGAAGAACUACCUCUUCCGGCCCGGCUAGAUUUGUUAAAAGGAAGAUUCUGUAAUCAGAAUUUGGCUUCUUCAUUUCAGAAUUUGCUUGAAGAUGAGGAGGUUGAAAUGCCUGAUUUCAAUGAGGGUGGCUUCCAGGAUAUCUUAGGUGAGGUGGUUGCUGAUUCGGGAGAUGAAGAUAUUGUUUCUGAAGAUGAGGGUAGCACUGUCCUCUCGACCAGACUCCUCCAUAAAUAUGGUCCUCAAUAUAUCAAAAAUGAAGAAGUUAAAGAUACAAAGAGGAAAUCAGAAGCAUUGCUUUGUUUUAAAGAAAGUGCUUCAUGUUCGGCAUCCCAUGCUACCUGCUCCAAGCCAAAUUCAUCUGGCAUCUGGGGCAAAGCUAAGCCAAGAUUUUCAUUCUCAUCAGUGACAACUAAAUAUGGGCACAAUGGCCCUUCAAUCUCUAAUAUUGAUAGGCUGCCUGAAAUUAUGAAAGGUGUUAAUCCUAGAGCUUCUGCAAGUUUAGACGGAAAUCAUCUUGAAGAUGACGACAUAGUGGAAUUAGAUUUAGACACCGAACCUUCUGAAACUGAAGCUCUUCCACAUGAAUUUAAUCUUCCCGUAAUGGCUGAUCUUUUUGACAACCUCCAAAAUAAGACUGAUCUGUGUCCAUAUGAAAAUCAAAGAAAAGGAAAAUCAGUGCAGCUUUUUCAGAAGAGUAGACCCCUCUUGCCAGAGACAGUUAUUGACAGUGAAGACUCGCCUGAACCUGUGGAUAGCAGAUCAUCAAGUGACAAUGAGGAAAGUGAUCAACGCAUGAAAACUACUUUCCCUGGAAAGAAAAUGCAGACAAUGGCAGAUAGAUUUCACCAUGCUUUAGGGUCUUCGUCUGUUAUUGCUGAAAAAGUUGGAGGACUCAAUCCAUUGAAAACUGGAAUAUUUGAAAAAUUACAGCAGGUGAUGCAGAGAGAAAAAGAAAGAGACAUGGACUUCUCAAAAAAGUUACACGCCGGAGCUAGGCCAGAUCGUGAAAUUGGCUGUGUUGAUGUAGGCAUCAUUUCAAGAUACCUGGACGGAAAGUUGAUUGUUUGCCAUUGCUCAUUUAGCAAGUGUACCGAGAAUUUUCCGCUACAAGCUAAGGGAACCGGGUUCGAUGGCAGCAAAGAUGGUCAAAGAACCAUUAUCUUUAGUCCAAGAGUGUGCGGCAAUGUUGAUCUUGAAGUGGGGAGCUUAAUUCGUAUUAACCAACCGUGGAAGGAAGUUCAAGUGGGAAAUGAUAAUAUUAUCUUGUGUUCUUAUUUCUCUGAAAUCUCAUCCCCGAUUUGA